GGGAGUCUCGGCCCCGCCCCUUCGGUAUGUGUCUUUCUCAUCCUGGAAGAAAGACCGCGGCGAAUUGACGACUUUGGACACUUUUCAAGAAGCUGCUGGAGACUUUACAUCCUCUCGUACGGACAAAGGCAGCCCAAACAUGUUGAUCCGAGAAUACCGAAUCGUCCUGCCUGUCUCAGUGGAUGAGUAUAAAGUGGGCCAGCUGUAUACGGUGGCAGAAGCCAGCAAGAAUGAGACGGGUGGAGGCGAAGGUGUUGAAGUCUUGGUCAAUGAGCCCUAUGAAGAAAAUGGGGAGAAGGGACAAUACACCCACAAGAUCUACCAUCUCACAAGUAAAGUGCCCCGCGUGGUGCGUGUGCUUGCUCCAAAGGGAGCUCUUGAGAUUCACGAGAAAGCCUGGAAUGCCUAUCCUUACUGCAAAACCAUUCUUUCUAAUCCAUACAUGAAAGAAAAAUUCCAAAUUAAGGUCGAGACAUGGCACAAGCCGGACAUGGGAGAACAGGAGAAUGUACAUGGACUCGAGAAAAGUCAAUGGGAUACAGCUGAGGUUGUACAAAUCGACAUUGCUGACAGAACCGCUAUCAGUGACAAUGAUUACAAAGCAGAUCAGGAUCCAGCCAUAUUUAAGUCUGAAAAAACAGGAAGAGGGCCCCUGGGACCUGAAUGGAAGAAAGAAAUUCUCAACAACCCCAGCUGUCCACAUAUGUGUGCUUAUAAGCUUGUCUCAGUAAACUUCAAGUGGAUGGGCUUGCAGUCAAAGGUGGAGGCCAUAAUUCAAAAGAUGGAGAAGCGUAUUUUCACCCACUUCCACAGACAGCUAUUCUGCUUGAUUGAUAAAUGGAUCGAUCUUUCCAUGGAUGACAUCCGGAAAAUGGAGGAAGACACAAAAAAAGAGCUGGAUGAGAUGAGGCAAAAUGAUGAAGUUAAAGGCAUGGGCGCUGAUGAAUGAAAGGGUUGGGGGUCUUCAUGCUGACUCAACCUUGACACACUGGACCAAUACCUCCCCCUUCCUGAUCCAAGAAUGCUGCAAUUCCUUGAUAGAUGCUUAAAUACACGCUAAAGCAAUUGGGUUUAUUUAUGUACCUGAAUACAGACACACUUGUGUCACUUGACAAGUUUCAAACUGCUUAAAUCUUGUAAAUUUACUCGCAAAAGGCUAUAUAUUUUGGUUUUCCCAUGGUAAUAAUUUAUCAUGUAUUUUUUUUAUUAUAGGUUUGUCAAUAAGAGCUCAAGUUGCCAGACUUUUGAUUUACUUUAUCUUUUAAUACAAUAAAACACAUGUUGCUCUUGAGACUUUUGUUACGACAGUUACUAUUGUUUGGGGCUUACAGAUGAUCCUUUUUGUAUCUCUGUAAGGUUUCCAUGUCAUCAUUUGCUUAACCACAAGAAAACACUUAAACCCCCAGGUGCCGUAUUUCCAUUAUAAAAGGCUCAUUCAAUGGAGGAGGAAAAUGCAGACUUAAUGGGUAGUUGAGUUAACUGCUGUUUGGGUGUAAAAAAAACCUUUAUUUUCAGUUUUUUUGGGGGGGAUUUCAUUACACGCAGCGGGGUAGUGGACAUUUUGGCCACGCACAAACACUGUAAUUUUAUGUUGUUGUUGUUGUUUUUUUUUUCCAAAUAAAGUUACAGCUGCUUUUACUACA